UAGGGCCAAUUUCAGGAUCUCGGAACAACGCGCGUUGGCCCUCGUCGGCCGCCAUCUCGGUGCUUCUGAGGGUGUGUCAGUCGCUGAGGAGGGCCUCGGGGGCCGUAGACACGGAGGGAAAGUGUUUGAAGUGGUACGGUGAUCUGUGUUCAGCGGUGAAGAUCGAGGCUAUCUCCAGGUACCGUUAACAUUCGAGGAUGUGGCUGUGGGCUUCUUCUGGGAGGAGUGGCAGUUACUGGCUCCAUCUCAGAAGGACCUGUACCGGGAUGUGAUGUUGGAGAACUAUAGGAACCCGGUGUCAGUGGGUUAUCAAGCCAGCAAACCAGUUUCACUCUUCCAGUCGUUGCAAGGAGAACCACCAUGGACGGUAGAGGGAGCAGCUCGGAGUCAAAGCUGUCCAGAAGAAAUAUGGGAGAUUGACCAUAUGCACUGGAACCCAGAAAACCAAAAUGAGAGUAAAACCUUGGAAAGAGAUCAGCAAAGUUAUGCACUUGGAAAUAAUUCCACUUUAUGUGAAAGUCUUGUUCCUUUAACACAAAGACACAAUAAGUUUGGCUCACAUUGUAAAAGUUUGAAACCACAUUUGGGUUUUGUUAUUCAGAAUAGAAGACAUGCAGGAGAGGACUCUGAUGAGUUUAGUGGAUGUGGGAAAUCAUCAGUCUACAUCCAGCAAGAUACAACUCUUAGUGGACUUAAAUGCCAUGGAUGGGUGAAACCCAGUGGCACUAGAUCACAGUUCAAUGAACAUAAAAAAACUUAUACAGAAGAGAAAGCACAUGAAUGCAGUAAGUGUGGGAAAGCCUUCUCCAGGAAGGCACAGCUCAUUAGGCAUCAGAGAACUGAAAGAGGAGAGAAGCCACACAGAUGCAAUGAAUGUGGGAAAACAUUCAUGAGGAAGAUUCAGCUCACUGAACACCAGAGGACUCAUACUGGAGAGAAACCCCACGAAUGUAGUGAAUGUGGAAAAGCCUUCUCUAGAAAGUCGCAGCUCAUGGUACAUCAGAGAACUCAUACAGGAGAGAAACCCUACGGGUGCAUUGAAUGUGGCAAAGCCUUCAGCCGGAAGUGCCGGCUCAGUAGACAUCAGCGAUCUCACACUGGAGAGAAACUCUACGGAUGCAGUGUGUGUGGGAAAGCCUUCUCCCAGAAGGCAUACCUCAUUGCACAUCAGAGACUUCACACGGGAGAGAAGCCUUAUAAAUGCAGUGAAUGUGGAAGAACUUUCUUUUUCAAGUCAGACCUGACCAAGCAUCGGAGAAUUCACACAGGAGAGAAACCUUACGGAUGCAGUGAGUGUGAAAAAGCCUUCAGGAGCAAGUCAAAGCUCAUUCAGCAUCAGCGAACUCAUAUUGGAGAGAGACCGUAUGAGUGCAGCGAAUGUGACAAAGCCUUUGCCCACGUGUCAGUCCUCAUUAAACAUAAGAAAACUCACACAAGAGAGAAAGCUAUAAAUUCACUGAAGGUGGAGAAACCUUCCUAAGCUCAGAGUAGAGUCAGUAGAGACCCAGGAUUGACCUGGGGCUCUUUGUACAUGAGUGAACUUGCACAGGAGCAAAGCAACAGGAACACAGUGCCUGUGGAAAUACCUUCUUUGGGAACUCAGCCCUUGUUAAGCCUUUGUGAGUUCCUCGGGGGUAGAAAUGUAGUGUUUGUGGAACAGCCUUUUCUAAGAAGGCAGGCCUCAGUAGGUAAUCGGGAAUUUCCACAGGGAAUAAGUCUUGCAAAUGCAGUGAAUGUGACACCUUCUUUGAUAAAUUAUGUCUUAUAUAUUAUAGACAUUGUGUAGGAAAGUGGUAACAAAAUAUAUCUGAUAUCAGAAAAGCCUGUAGCAAGAAUCCUCGACAUAUGUCAGAGUUCAUUUUGGACACAAAUGCUAUGGGAUGCACUGGUGGUAUAGAGGUAUAGAGGUGGUAUAGAGGAUAAAUCUGUGAGAAUUCAGACUUACUAAAUUUCUAUGAAAUUUCACUGGGCAGCAAUGCAGAUAAUGUGAGAAAACCUUUUCCUGGAGGUGAUACCUCCAUUGGUAUCGAAGAAUUCCCACAGGACCAGAACAUUAGGAAAGAAUGUGAUGAUGAUUUCAGUGAUAAGUUCUACCUCAUCCCAUCAGAGAAGUGUAGAAACAUACCUCUAGAGACAUCGAAUAUGGAUAACGCUUUCAGUAAAAUGUGGAAGAACUCGUAGGAAGGAGAAACCCCUGAACACAAUAAAAGAUGGGAAUUCUAAGAUGGGGAUUCUAUUGCCAAACUAACAAAUGUGUCACAAUUUUGAAUCUUGGGAAUCUGGGAAAGACUUCUCUAAUAAAUGAAAUCCUGUGUUAUGUAGCAAAAACCUGUGAAUGUGAUGAAUAUGGAGCUACAACUUUAUUAAGUCUCUUA